UAUAAUAUUUAGAAGAAAAGACCAAGACAUAUUUAUCUGUUUAAAUUUAAACCAGUGAGUAUCAUUAUUUGGUGAAAAAACAAUUAUCUAUGUUAUUAAAGUUAACACAUGUUGUGUAAUUAAAGACGACGGAUAACAUUGAGACCUGGAAUUAUGAAAAUGUGUAUGACAAUUUUUCUUUUCUUUUUAAUCAGUUGAACUGUGAAGGAUAUUGUCUCCAGAUUUUACUGCGUUAAGGAAAUUGUACGCGUUACUCAAGUCUUUUAACUAAAGUGCUAAAGGCUUUACAUAAACCUAUUGCGAAACCCUGUUCUGCGCGUUUUCCUUCUACCAUGAUUUUCGCAAGAAUUGCAUCACAACAUGCAGCAUGAUUCGAUUCAUGGCGUGGAUCAUGUGCGCAUUCCGACAACGGAACAUGACAAGAACUGCUUCCUGGCCACAUUUAUUGGCUACCUUUGCGCAGCGCGUUGGGUUCACUGUAGGGUAGAGUAUACGCCGAUCAGUCAGUGAGAUUCGUGUGACUGGGAAACGCGUUUCAAAUAAAAUGCGGUUUUGAGGAUUUAAACAAGACGAACGAUGACACACUCUUAGAACUCCGGAACGCACGUGCAUCCAAAUGACAAGACAACGAUAUGAUUCAACUUUAAGCACUGAAUAAUGGUGGCUUGGGAUCUCUUGCGCAUGCUCAUUUCUGUGACGGUGGUAACGACGCAUGCGCAGUUCCAGUGCCCGGAUAUGGCGCCACACUGUACAUGUAGCGAGCGUGUGGCGUGGUGGUCUCUUCAAUUGGACUACGUUAAACUAAAAACUGUCAAUUGCUCGCACAAUAAAUUAGCUGAGAUUCCAGACCUUUCGCCACUGUCUGAAGUAUCGUUUGAUGUACUGCUGCUGAACAACAACAAUAUCAAACAUUUGAAGAGGUCAAAUUUCGCAAACAUAAGUGUAACUGAAAUUGUUCUGCGCAAGAAUCCUUUAAAGCAAAUAGACACGGAUGUUUUUCAAGACUUAGCUGAUGACUUACAAAGUUUAGACAUGGAUAGUGAUAGGAUUAAGAUAGAUUCCGGUUUACCUUUCUUGCGAGGACUGCAUAAUUUAAAAGUACUUGACCUUGGUUAUAACCAAUUAAAGAACAAGUUUAAAUCAUUCCCGCCCGGUAUAUUUAGUGGCUUAAAUCUUAAGUCGCUGAGAACAUUGACGUUACAAGCACUGCAGAUGUCUCGACUUGAUCCAGGAACGUUUCAAGGCAUCGAAAAUUUGGAACAGCUAGAUCUUUCAUUUAACUUCCUGUUUGAAUUUCCAAAGGAAGUGUUGACAUUGAAAAAUCUGAAAGAUUUAAAACUGUUCACUAAUGACAUGGGUCAAUUGCUUAAUAACACAUGUAAGGGUUUGACAAAGCUACGGCAACUGUUAAUAGGUGUGAAUGAAAUUGAAUUUAUAGACAAUGCUGCAUUUAGGGAUCUUGACAAUUCUAUAGUGGAACUAAAUCUCUACCAUAACCCAUUGUACAAAGUACCAACGGAAGCUAUACGUAAUUUGACAAAACUACAAAGUCUCAGUCUUGUAAAAACUUAUCUAAAUGAAAUUGAGAACGGAUCGUUUGUCGGUGAGUAUAAAUUAAAGGAAUUGCAUCUGGAUCUCAAUCCGGAUUUAACAUUUGAUAAUGAAGGUAUGUUUUAUGGCAUUGAAGAUUCGCUGGAAGUAUUAUAUCUAAGAUCCCUCAAUCUUACACAGUUACCGCUGGAUGUUUUAACUCGACUUGAGAAACUCAGAUAUCUGGAUGCAUCAAACAAUGCAUUCAAUAACAUUGACAAGCAUUUCUUUAAAGGUCUACAUCUGUCUAAUAUACAGUUAACAUGGAACAAAAUAAAACACGUGGACCAUAUGGCUUUUCAAGACUUUCACAAAGGUGUGAUAUUGAAUUUGCACCAUAACAUGUUAAGUGAUAUUGAUUUUAUCCUCGAAGUUGAGGCGUGUACUUUUGACGAAGUCCUAGUGACAGGCAAUAGCAUCAAAUGCGACUGUCCCUUGGAGGAAGCCUUAAAUAGUGGCCGCGUGGCAUGGCAGGUUGUCGGAGAAUGCUAUGUUGAUGAAACUGACAACCGGUAUGACUUCAAAGAUCCCUCUCUGAUGAAAUACCUGCACACGAAGUGUCCAAAAACGUCUCCAAAGACUUCGUGUUUUGAAGCAGCGCCUGUCUCCGCGUCGGAACAUUUGAAACUGAUGCAUUUUCUAUACUUGCUUUGGUGUGCACUUAUAUGACCGCUUCUUUAGAAACAAAUUGACCUUUGUACUUGAAACCGUUUCGCAAAAUGAGUAUCCGCAUUCGUUACAUACUACACAUUUGUUUGUGUGAUUGUUUAGAAAAUGUUUGUACGAAUGUUACAGUUCCAUAUUUAUAUGAUAUGUAUUUUGGUGCAAUAUUGUUUAAAGGUUAAAGUUGCGGUUUAUAGACUGCUUCGAUAUGCAGCUUCAGCCGACUUCGACAUUAACCCCCGAUCACUGGGAUUUAAGUCGUUCGUUUAUAUAUAAAAUGUAUUGUUUCUUUGCAAUGUCCAUGUAACUUUGUUUUAGAGACAAAAGACAAACACACUUAGACAAAAUUGUAGUCUACAUAUAAGAAGAUUUUCAAAGCAUCCGACAUUCCAUGUGUCUAAUAACACAUAACAUAUUUUAUACUUAUAUAUGUAGAAGCGUUGACGUAUCAAAUGAAUUAUUUUAGUGACAAAAAUACAGUUUUAAACUUACGUUCUGCAUUUUAUACAAGACAUUAAAUAUUUAAAAUUACUGAAAUAACAUUGUUAUUUAACAAAACCAAUAAAAAUAACCAAGUGUUUGUGUUUCAAAGUUGACAUUUUCUUAUGUGAUAGCUACAAAUUGUGUGUUUCAAUUUUGAUGUUAUUAUAUGUUAUGAUAUCUUUUACGUUUAUAUAGUGUUUUUACAAAGAUUCUUACAUCAUCAAGGAUUUUAGAAUUUGCUUGAACAAUUGAAGUGUUCGUAACCAGUGCCAUUUAACAUAAAUGCAUACGUGUAAUAAAAUUUGCUAAAG